CAUCAUGUCUUAUUUGCCAUCCGUCAAGCGGUCAGGACCGUAUGAUUGCUUAACCUCAACUGCACAGCCUUAUAUUGACGUUGGGGCUAUUUCAUCGAUUGCAGGACCGGAUCUGAAUGAAAAAUCUCUGCUAUCCACUGCCCCGAGGAGGACAAACGCUCCGAAGAAAAUAAGCAACGUUCGGCGGACGCAGAGAAAGCUAGAUAUCUGGCUGGAUAACGGCGAUAAGAGUCAAACACUGGCAGAGAAUGUGUCAUCAGAAUGUUAUACAGGUGUUCAGACAGCAACUUGCCAAGCAGAUGCAGCCCAAAAGUCCACUCCAAAACCUAGGUCGCAAACAUCAAAGUCACAACAGAAUGCAAGUGCAGCCAAGCCGGCAAGAAGACGAGUGUCAGCUAUCCUUGCAGACAGAGAAAACAAUCUUAAUGGCGAUACGAUGAGACUAGAGAAGGUGGACAAGAUAGCCAAGGACACGACUUUUACAAAAGAUCCCAGAAGGAGGACAAUAUAUGUUCCAUCCGAUGACACGACCGUUCUAACCAUUCACCCUGGCGCGCACAAUAGCACAAAUGCACAUGCGCGCGAAAAUGCUGCUGCGAAGCGCAAUGGGCAGACGCUUCACGGGAUCUCCGCCAGGCUGCCGAGCAAUAUUUCUGAGGGUGCGCCCAAGGGAAUCCAGACUAGAGAAGUUUUGGCAGGAGCGUCAAAACGAAUUCCGCUCCAAACGACAAAGAAGACUAUUCAGGCCGCUAGGAUGGUAUCCGAUCUCCCAGGAAGCGGCCCGGGAAAAGAAAAUGUACCGCCAGGAUACCUUGAGGCCAAGAAGGCUACCAAGGUAUCUGGAAAAAGCCUCUUUUCUGUAGAGCUUGACAAGGCAAACACAGCUCCAAGACCGCGUCUUAAAGUACAACACCCUUCUCCUUUAGCAUCUACACCAAGGUGUACCAGUUUGCAAUCGAAUGGCGUUAGGAAGCGAGACAGCAGCAGCAGCAGCAGUCCGGGCAUGGACCAUGGCCGGCUCAAACUACAGAAAUCCAAAGCUGGCGAGUGCGCAGGUAGCAAAUCUGCCCAGGUAUCAAAAGCGAGUCCGUCGGUAUGCAGGGGAAAUAGAGCAUCGCCAAUGGACAGAGCUCAGAAUAGGGCCGAAAUGGUACCACGGAAACUCCGGACGCCAGUUGUCCAGUCGCUAUCGCAAGAUAGCAUUGCGAAAUUUCCGUUACUCCAAGAUGACAUUAUGAAUGCAUCCAUGUAUGAGGAUAAUUGGCUGAGUAACCAAGAAGCAGCUAUUACCCAGCUGAUCAAUGGCCUUUUCGAAUCUUCCGGGCAGGCGAACAAACUGCUCCCCUGCCCACUUCAACUCCGGAAAAGUUGUCUGGAUAUUUAUCAGACCAACGAAAUGGUCCUUUUACACAAACGGCUCCAGGCCUCGUUAUUGUACGGUGCAUUGAAUUUACCAAAAGAACAGCUGGCCAAGGUGGCUCGGCUCAAAGAUGAUAUUGGCCUGCGCAGAAAGUUUCUCGAUCUGUGGUUGGGAACGUACCAGCCAUAUGCAUUAAGGGCGGCAGCCGAGGUCAUUAUCGGUCGUGCCAUCCCAAAAGCUGCUCGGGAACCACGACGCAGCUCUACCGGCGAAAGGAAAGAAAUUUCAAAGCCUGAAAGACGAAUCUUGGAGGAAUAUCUCAACAUCUUCCUUGUUCGCAAUUCUGACGCUACUCAUGGAUCCAACGAUGACCGAGACUCCUUGAGCGGAUCACCAGAGUGGUGUAUCAGACGAACUACUCUACGAAGCCUGAUGCUAAUUUUGCUUCUCGACAAGGCCAGGGUCUCCGAAAAUAUCACAGAUUGUCUAUUCUUGCCCAAUUCGCUAUACAAAUCGACAAAAGAAGUUUUGACUGCAUUGAGCCAAAUACUACUCCCGUCGCUGGGAGACUUGCCCAAAGCACUGGGUCAUCUCAACUACCACAUCCAUCAUAUCCAAUAUCCGCUCGAAGAACGCACAUACAAGAUCAACAACCUAGCGACUGACCUACGCGACGGAGUCUACCUUACUCAUCUCGUGGAGCUGCUACUUUUCCCGCCACCUUCAUUGAAUCUUCAUCAGGAGAAUGCGACGAAUACGACUAUUACGAUGCCAACCGGUGAAAUUCUGGAUCUUAUGCAGCAAGAGAGAGACGGAAAUCCUUGGGUUCUGUCGCAAUUCCUCAAACUGCCUUGCCAAGCAAAGGCACAAAGAAUGUACAACGUGCAGAUUGCCCUGGCCGCUCUUCAUGGAGUCAAGGGCAUGGACGGCGUACUCAAGACAAUCAAGCCGGAAGAUGUUGUGGACGGAUACAGAGAAAAGACCCUUGGCCUAUUAUGGGCUCUAGUAGGCAAAUGGGGCCUGAGCGCACUCGUCGAAGAAAAGAUGCUUUUGCCAGAAAUCCGAACUUUCAAACGCAAAUUCGCGGAAAUGCACCCCGAUCAGGCUGACGAGGACUGCAUCGACGAAGAUUACGAAGAGCUGGAGUUCCUCGACGGACUAGAGCGCUAUACCUAUUUGCUGAAAUUAUGGGCGCGCAGCAUUGGCCGGCUUCACGGCCUCAAAGUCUCCAAUCUUACCACGUCAUUUGCAAAUGGCCAAGUCUUUGCCAAGAUUGUCCAGGAAUACGAAGUCUACUUUCCACACAUCAUCUCCAACUCCGAACAUUCUCCAGAAGACGAUCCCACAAACCCAACUCAGAGCCAGGGCUUGGAUUCCAAGCUCCGAAACUUGGGCUGCAGCCAUCACUUUGCAUCUCUCUUCGGCAGCUCAAUCCACACCGGCCGCGUCUUCGAUCGGGACUUUGUCCUCGCCAGUCUUGCCUUCCUCUGCUCCCGGCUCGUUCCAGCCGCUGUUAAAGUCCGCGCCACGUCUACAAUCCAGCGCGCAUACCGGCACAUGCUUGUCCGCCGAACCAUUCAUCAGCGAGUCACGCUCAUGAAGCUCGCGCAUGAUUGCCAAUCCGUCGUGCUGACCAGAGAUCGCGUCAUUAAUGCUGCAACCGUCCUGCAGCGCGCCUGGCGAGCCUGCCUCGCAAAGAAAAUUGACCAGCUUGUCAAGUCGGUAACCCUCACCCAGGCCCUUGCGCGUGGGUGGAUUGCGAGGAAAAAGGCGGAGAAGCAACAAGCCCGAAGGCAGAGGAGGGCUUUUUGAGGUGUAGCUGCCACCGGGGUACUGCGUGUGGGGAACUGCAAUCUCUUCUUCAACUUUUCCCUUCUGUUCUUUUUUUUUUUUUCCCUUUCUUUUAUGGUCGGAUCGUUUUACGGCUGCCUGGACAUGAGAUGUUGCCUUUUUUAUAUGAUCAGUGCGUUUAGGCGAAGGAUAGCAGGCUCUUUCUUGGAUAAUACGGGAACGGGGCAUAACUGGGUAUUUUGGAGGGCUGGGCCGGCGAUUACUUUUUUAAUGCUUUGUUUCCUUCCUUUUUUCCAUUCUUCGUCCAGCAUUGAUAUGUCGUGCUAUGUUCAGUGACUGAGAAGUUCUAAAUGAUGCGAAACAUGAGUAUUAUCAUUACCGAGUUAUGAGUAUGUUCACUGGAAUAAGAUUUACUGGUGUACACUG